UAAAGUCUCAUUACCGGACAUGGCUCACGUAAAGCAAUUCCCACGGGCUCUGCCGCACUGUUUAUACAAUAAAGAACAAUUCCUGCGGGAUAGGAGCGUCGUGAGUAAGUUUGGACCGCGCCAGGUGCCGUCAGAAACCCGGAAGUAGUGGCAGAAAUUGUGCUGAUCUUUAAACUUUCAGGCAGCGCGUGUGGGUCGGAGACUUGUGAGAAGCGAAAUGGACUCGUGGGUUCGGUUCAGCGGCCAGAGCCAGGCCAAGGAGCGAGUCAUCAGAGCGGCGCAGUACGCAUGCACAUUAAUCGGAUACACGCUGCAGAAGAACGGCGGCAGCGCAGAACUCAUCUCCGGCCUCAAACAGUUGGAAAGUCACCUGAGUUUGGGGCGCAAGUUGUUUCGCUUGGGGAACUCGGUGGAGGCGCUGGAGUCGGCGAAACGCGCAAUCCAUCUGUCCGACCUGGUCCUUCGCUUCUGCAUAACGGUCAGUCAUCUCAACCGGGCCAUGUACUUUGCCUGCGACAACAUUCUGUGGGUCGGGAAAUGCGGCCUCUCUCCUAAGGUCGACCAGAACAAGUGGAGCGAACGCUCAUUCAGGUAUUACCUCUUCUCGCUGCUCAUGAACCUCACCAGGGACCUGUAUGAGAUCAAACUCCUGAUGGAGGCAGAGACCAGCGGGAAGCAUCUGUCUGACAAACUGAGUGAGGAUAAUGGUGUCGUCUCUCGUGGCUCCUCCUCCUCCCGCCACCCAAUAGCCCUCCAGAUCCGCCUGCUGAUCCACAUCUUCCGAAACAACCCCCCUCUCCUCUUGGACCUGCUCAAGAACUCCUGUGACCUCUUCAUUCCACUGGACAAGCUGGGACUGUACAAGACUAACCCUGGCUUUGUGGGUUUAUGCGGCCUGACCUCCUCCAUAUUGUCCAUCCUCACCCUCCUCCACCCUUGGCUGAAGCUCAAGCCCUGAGCUCUGCCCUCAAACCCUCCCCCGCUCUGCCAGCUGAAGUUUUAACCCAAAUGGUUCUCUCCAAUGAAGGCAAAACCCAUACUGAACUAGUGUGACUUUCUACUUUAAGGGUGCAGUGCUGGACAUUUUGAGGUUGAUCUAGAACCUAACUGAUCUAGAACAUUGGUCAGUAGAACAUUGAUCUUCAGCAGCUACUGAACUAAAACAGUGGCCAAAGCUGGAGGACGUUGGGCUGAGGAUCAAUGUUCUAGAGUCAGGGUCUGGCUUUGCAUAGAUUCCAUUUUAAAGGGGAACUUAAAGGAGAAGGAAAGGCUAAAUGUAAGUAAGCGUUAUCUGAAAGGUCUAUAUAUACUCUAGUAAACCCUCAAAGAAAUGCUGCUCUGAGUCCUCUGACAAAAGAAACAAUCACAUUUCUACAGAAUAAAUAUAGUGUUCUAUCUUGCACUAUUGUGGCUAAUCUAUUGCCCAUAAACUGUCUCUGUAGCUUUCCUUCUCCUUUAAAACAAAAACCUAUAAGAACAAGUCUGCACGUAGAGGAGCCGCUGGGGAUAUGAAUAUAUAUAUAUAUAUAAUAUGAACAGCAGAUUCUACUGAUCUCUAAAAUACACUCAUGCCUGCAAGCAAUUGCCUGUUGUGGAACUGCAACUCACAGCAUAAGGAAUGCACAUCUUUAAGUAUUUUAGACCCAUCUCUUAAGAUAUAAGUUUUACAAAGGAUGCUGGGAUAUGCAGUUCUCUAAAAUCUGUAGGGCCUAAAAAGCUUGUGUUUAGCAUUAAUUACCCCCAGGUACCCCUAAAUGGUACUUGCACCCCCUCCCUAUAGCUGCCUGAGCCGCUCCCAUAAUACAUUACUUAAUACACUUCUGUAGCUCUGGUUUAACACUGAAGUGUCUCCAUCAUGAUGAGCCUUUCCCAGAUUAAAGGGCAAGUUGUCCCAAAUGAAAAGUAACGGUGCUGCCCUGUGUAGAGCUGGUGAGCUGCCAGUCACCCUCUUGCUCAGUAUGGGGCACUGCUAAGUGUCACCCCAUUAAUACUGGCGCAAGGGGGAGCAAUGAGGCACACACAUCAGAUGCGCGGGUGACUGCUGAUUGGCUGAGAGCCGAUGGCAAUAUGUUUAUGGCUUUGUUACCAUUAGCAAACACCAGCCAACAUGUGAUCCCUGCUGUGUAUAAUUACUGUGUAUAAUGCAGCCUUGUCCUUCUGUAAAUACUCUUUAUUUGUAACUACACAUGUUUUUGAAAAUUAAACUAUUAAUUACUUUA